AUGGGAAUACUGGCAGGCAAGCCCCGGAAAGCUUUCGAUCAUCCAGGAGUCUACGACACGGAGGACUUUGUGCGGCAAUGCUUCGUACCUACCGAGGGUCUCGUUUGCACAAGACAGAACAAGGGCUAUUUCCACAGUCGCACCAUGGACUACAUGGGAGCACCGCCCGGAGAUGACGAAGCCAAAAUUCAGCUUUGCAGCUACAUCAUUCACGAUUGUACGGUGCAGGACAAGCAGUGCAACCUCAACAUCUCGGCGAAGGGCUUGGAGGUGCAAGAAGAAAGACGUUUGUUGUUAAGGUGGACCCCCUCCAGCAGCGAAUUCAAGCUGCCGAAGCAGAUGAAACGAGGCAAGAGGGAGAGAGAAGAAGGGUACGAGGGCUACGUCUUCUUCCUCGAGCGCAGCACCUACCAGAAUCAGGUGCUUGGGCUAUGCUUCGAUGGCCGACGGGGUGGUGAGAGUCUGGAUGACGCCAAGUUCACUGUAAGGCAGCUACUCUGCGAUAUCCCGGUCUAUGCCUACGAGUGCCCGCAGUGGGCCACUGCAAGGGAGUGCGGCCACAUGCAUCCGGAGGAGAUGAGAGAGGUGACCCUUCUGCGCACUGCGAACAGUGGAGUCUUCUGCUUUGGCUCUCUUGGAUGGUUCUCCUGGGAUCAGGAAGGAUGUGAUGCCGACAUCUGGACCUGUUCAUUCGGACCUUGCAAUGGCUACAAGAAGAGUGAACGCGUUUGCGCCGCCACACUGAGCGAAUCCUACAUCUGCUACUUCGAUCCGACAAGACCUGGAGUUGGCGAGCAGGAGACAGCUUUCGACUACCCGCUCUUGCGAGGCAUGGCGAUGGCAGCCCUGUCAGUCCUGACACUUGCAGCCGGAAUCUCUGCGUGUUACUUUGGGGCCCCGCGCGUGCUGCCUCUGCUGUGUUCUUUCGGAUGGACACCUUUGAUAGUUCUGACGGCGAUCGUGAUGUCGGCCGGAAUCGGGUUCAUGAUGGAAGCAGCGAUGAUCGUGCUGCUUCCUGGUGUGACGCCCUACAGCCUUGUGGGCGGUCCUCGGUUCCCUGAGGCACGUCGCGUCUCGGUGGCCGAUCUGGGAGGGGCCUGGAAGUCCGAGCAGUCGGUUCCGCCAGGUUUCAAUCAGCCGAGCUUGUGGGUUCUUAUCGAAGUCGCCAUGACCGAGGUCUUGAUGAUCUUCGCUUUCACUUUCAUCGCGCUCAUUCCUCCGAUCGUUUUCAUCGUUCGGCACCGGAAUGACCGGGCAAGGGCUGCAGGGGCGCUGAACCGCCGCCUUCUGCCAGAUCCAUUUGUUAACUAG